AUGUGUUUGCUGAGAUGCCGGGGCCACAAGCUAUACACGCCUUCCAUGACUCUGUCUCUCCUUCGUUGCUUUCGCUCUCUCUCCACUCUCUCUCUCCCAAUCCAAGACGCCCCAAAAACCAAUCUUUACCAAUGCAACAAGAGACUCGAAGAGCUCCUCAAACUAGGCCGUGUCGACGAGGCCAGAAACCUGUUCGACGAAAUGAUUCAAAGAGAUUCCGUCACUUGGAACUCCAUGAUUUCUGGGUAUUCCCAAAACGGCCUUGUCGAUGAUGCACGAGUUCUUUUUGACUCAUUUAUGGGCAAGAAUGUGAGGACUUGGACUGCAAUGCUAACUGGGUAUGCAAAACGUGGAAGAAUUAAGGAAGCUUUUGAGGUGUUUGAGGCUAUACCGGAGCGUAAUAUUGUUUCUUGGAAUGCCAUGAUAAGUGGAUAUGUGCAGAAUGGUGAUUUGUUCAGUGCUAGAAAAUUGUUUGAUGCAAUGAUCGAGAGAAAUGUUUCUUCUUGGAAUUCUAUGAUAACUGGGUACUGUCAUUGUUGUCGUAUGAGCGAGGCCAGGGAGCUAUUUGAGAAAAUGGAGGAAAAAAAUUUGGUUUCUUGGAUGGUGAUGGUUUCUGGGUAUGUUCAGGUUAACAAAUUUAUUGAAGCUUGGGGUUUGUUUUUGAGGAUGCAUAGGAGUGAAGUGAGGCUGGAUCAGUCGAUAUUUGUGGUUACAUUGUCGGCUAUUUUGGGUUUGGAUGAUGUGGAUUUGAUAGAGAAUUUGAGGACGCUGAUCAUAAAGACAGGGUACGAGGAGGAUGUGGUUGUGGGGACGGCAAUAUUGAAUGCGUAUACACGAAAUGGGUGUUUGGAUUGUGCUAUGAAAUUUUUUGAGAUGAUGCCAGAAAAAAAUGAGUACUCAUGGACAACUAUGAUUGCAGCUAAUUCGCAAUGUGGUAGAUUGAAUGAUGCAAUUGCAUUGUAUGAGAGGGUUCCUGAACAGGGGAUUUCUACGCUCACGGCAAUGAUGACUGCGUAUGCUCAGAAUGGGAGGAUUUUUGAGGCAAGGCAUAUGUUUGACGAGAUGAAGAAUCUGACUGUGUUGACUUGGAAUGCUAUUAUUGCUGGAUAUGCACAAAAUGGAAUGCUCGAGGAAGCUAAAGAUCUGUUCUUGAGGAUGCCUGCAAGGAAUUCGGCUUCUUGGGCUGCCAUGAUUGCUGGAUUGGUGCAAAAUGGAGCAAGCAAUGAAGCUUUGGAAGUGUUAGCUGAGCUACAUAGAUCUGGUAUUGUCCCAAGUCAUUCAAGUUUCACUAGUGCUUUAUUUGCAUGUGCCAACGUUGGAGCUAUUGAAGCAGGUAGACAGAUACACUCUCUUGCCAUUAAAUCAGGGUGCCAAUAUAAUUCAUAUGUUGGGAAUGGGUUAAUUUCCAUGUAUGCUAAAUGCAAGAAUAUGGAAAAUGUUACCCAGGUUUUUGGUUCAAUGAGAGUGAGAGAUACCGUCUCUUGGAAUUCACUCAUUACAAGCUUUUCAGACAAUCACAUGUUGGACGAUGCUGUUAGUACUUUUAGAAAGAUGCCUAAACGUGAUGUUGUGUCUUGGACUGCUAUAAUAUCUGCUCAUGUGCAAGGUGGGCAAGGAGAAGUCGCUUUGCAAUUAUUCCUUGACAUGUUAGGCCAUGGAGUGAAACCAAAAGAGUUAACAGUGACUAGCCUGUUGAGUGCAUGUGGGAGCCUAGGUGCAACAAAUGUCGGGGAACAGAUCCAUGCCUUGAUCUAUAAGGUGGGGUUUGAUUUAUGUUUGUUUGUUGGUAAUGCUCUGGUAACAAUGUAUUUCAAGUUUGGGAGUGAAGAGGGGUGUAUGGUAUUUCAAGAGAUGGCUGAGCGAGAUGUAGUCACAUUCAAUGCUGUUUUAGCUGGUUGUGCCCAUAAUGGGCUAGGUAAAGAAGCUAUCGAGAUUUUUGAGAAAAUGAAGGCCGAAAGGGUUUCUCCUGAUCAAAUCACUUUUCUUGGGCUCUUGUGUGCUUGUAGCCAUGCAGGGUUAGUGGAUGAAGGGUGGGCCUACUUCAAUUCCAUGAGCCAAGAUUAUGGGAUUAUGCCAUUAAUUUAUCAUUAUACUUGUAUGGUUGAUCUUCUUGGGCGGUCUGGACGCCUAUAUGAAGCUGAGUGUCUUAUUGAAAACAUGCCUGUGGAGCCAGACACUGUGAUUUGGGAAGCUCUCCUUGCUGCUUGUAGAAUCCAUCGUAACAUCAAAACUGGCCAGAGAGUUGCAGAAAAGCUCUUUCAAAUGGGUACGCAGAAAUCAGGUGCUUAUGUCUUGUUAUCAAAUAUUUAUGCUUCUCAAGGCAUGUGGGACAAAGUUGGGGAAGUACGGAAAUUGAUGUUUGAUCAAGGAGUGAAUAAAGAACCAGGAAUAAGCUGGAUUCAGAUCAAGAAUAAGCUGCACACUUUCCUCACGGGAGACAAGACACAUGACCAGGUUAAAGCAAUUUACUCCGCAUUAAAUGAGUUCCACAUGCAUUUUCAGGCAGCAGGUUAUUUGCCAGACACAAACUUUGUUUUUCAUGACGUGGAGGAAGAGCAAAAACAGAAUGAGCUUCUGUACCAUAGUGAAAAGAUUGCUGUUGUCUUUGGCAUCUUGAAGUCACCAACUGGAUCACCCAUCCGAAUUAUGAAGAACCUCCGGAUUUGUGGGGAUUGCCACAAUUUUAUGAAAUUCAUGUCCAAUGUUACACAGCGUAAGAUUGUUAUUCGCGAUGGCAAUAGAUUCCACCAUUUUUUUGAUGGUUCGUGUUCUUGUGGUGAUUACUGGUGAUAGUCAUAGACUAGCAUGAAUAGAUGAGCAAGCAAGGACCUUCAGCUCAACUCAAUUGAUCAGGAAUAUAUGUCAACGAAGUGAUAAGGAAUUGAAGAUACUGGAUUACCUGCUUUAUGCGUGACAUGAUUGGUAUUGCAGAUGUGAUGAGGUGGGUUGUGGGGCAGUUCAAAGAUUUGAGGAAGGGGCAGAGCAAAUCCAACUAGAUGUUGCACAAAAUCCAAAUGAUACCAAGGAGUCAAUAUGAUGCUU